AUGGCCUCCAUGGACAAAGUCUUUGCCGGCUACGCCGCCCGCCAAGCGAUCCUCGAAUCAACCGAGACCACCAACCCCUUUGCGAAGGGUAUCGCCUGGGUAGAAGGCGAGCUGGUGCCCCUGGCAGAGGCACGCAUUCCACUGCUCGACCAGGGCUUCAUGCACAGCGAUCUCACCUACGACGUGCCCUCCGUCUGGGACGGCCGCUUCUUCCGGCUAGACGACCACAUCACGCGGCUCGAAGCCAGCUGCACCAAGCUCCGGCUGCGACUGCCACUCCCGCGCGACCAGGUCAAGCAGAUUCUCGUCGAGAUGGUGGCCAAGAGCGGCAUCCGCGACGCCUUUGUCGAGCUGAUCGUGACGCGCGGGCUGAAGGGCGUGCGGGGGACACGCCCCGAGGACAUCGUCAACAAUCUGUACAUGUUUGUGCAGCCGUACGUGUGGGUGAUGGAGCCGGAUAUGCAGCGUGUCGGCGGCAGCGCGGUCGUCGCCCGCACCGUGCGCCGGGUGCCCCCGGGUGCCAUCGACCCAACCGUCAAGAACCUGCAAUGGGGCGAUCUCGUGCGCGGCAUGUUCGAGGCUGCGGAUCGCGGUGCAACUUAUCCGUUCUUGACGGACGGAGAUGCCCAUCUCACCGAAGGCUCUGGGUUCAAUAUUGUGCUCGUCAAGGACGGCGUGCUGUACACACCAGACCGUGGUGUGCUGCAGGGCGUGACACGAAAGAGUGUUAUCAAUGCGGCGGAAGCCUUCGGGAUUGAAGUCCGCGUUGAGUUUGUGCCGGUUGAGCUGGCGUACCGUUGUGAUGAGAUCUUUAUGUGUACCACCGCUGGCGGCAUCAUGCCUAUCACUACGCUGGAUGGGAUGCCCGUGAAUGGAGGACAGAUCGGUCCUAUUACGAAGAAGAUUUGGGAUGGAUAUUGGGCUAUGCAUUAUGAUGCGGCUUACAGCUUCGAGAUUGAUUAUAACGAGAGGAACUGA